AUUAUGUUAGCUAAAUUCUGCAUGGGCCGGGUGUUUUUAGAAAGGGAUGGAUUCACCGUUUUGAAAUGCAUACUUUUUCCGGGUGUGUCGACUUCACAUGCUUUGUGUCAGGAGGGGCUGUAUCGUGGCGGACGCUGCAGGGAGGGAGUGGGCAUGGAACCAUGUGAACAUCGCACUUUACAGGCAGCUAAGAAGAAGGGGAAUAAGACCCUAUCCCUGACUAACUUCCUGGCAGAGGACAAGGGGGGUAAUGCACCCCCAAGUUACCCCCACCAAGCCCACUAGCAGCUGGGCCAAGGAGACAGAUGACCUAGACACAGAGGUAUCCACCUCCUGGCAUACAGAGGAGGAUACUUCCCGGGCCCCAGCCAUCGACCGCUCCAUCCUGCCCACAGCACCCCGUUCAGCCAGGGCCCCAGCCAUCGACCGCUCCAUCCUGCCCACAGCACCCCGUUCAGCCAGGGCCCCAGCCAUCGACCGCUCCAUCCUGCCCACAGCACCCCGUUCAGCCAGGGCCCCAGCCAUCGACCGCUCCAUCCUGCCCACAGCACCCCGUUCAGCCCGGGCCCCAGCCAUCGACCGCUCCAUCCUGCCCACAGCACCCCGUUCAGCCCGGGAGCCAAACGUUGACCGCUCUUGUAUUCCUCGCGGUCCCCCUUACACCGCCUUCCUGGGCAACUUGCCCUACGACGUGACUGAGGACUCCAUCAUGGACUUCUUCAGGGGCGUGGGGAUCAGUGCAGUACAUCUUCCUAGAGAACCCAGUAACCAAGACCGCUCAAAGGGUUUUGGCUAUGCUGAGUUUGAUGAUGUGGAAUCUCUCCUGAGUGCCUUGAGUCUAAACAAAGAGAACUUCGGAAACAGAAGGAUCCUUGUGGACAUUGCAGAUUGGUCUUGUUGGAUUUGACAUUUUGAACAUUGAGAUAAUAAAGACAUGAUAGAUCAGACGCAUAGUAUAUUAAGGAGUGAGAUCUGUAGAAAGAGUGUGGCUGUGGAAUGUGUUGGGUGGACGGGAGGAGCUCAACGGAUUGCUAUUGGGGAGACGGAUGGACAUCUGUGGACUAGAAGGAGGAGGGGUUGAGGUCAGGAGGUGAGGUCAGAUCCCCUGAAGGUAAAGGUUACUAAAGGUUUACUACCCUUUUCCUGUGGAACUAUAAGAUUUAAGGAUUGGAGAGAAGGAGGAGUGUCUUAAGGGGGAUGUAUAUAACUGUGAUGGUGAGAAAUGUUGGUCUGUCUGACCCUUUGAGCAGAAUUAAAUUUGGUUAAAGCUU